GCGAAAAUAACUAACGGGUAGCUGACUAGAUGCGUCUCGCAUCAAGGUCGCGUGUGUUCUAUGCCCGACGUCCGUGCUUGCGUUAGCAUGCGCGUUUAUACUUUUACGUGAAUGUUUAGCAGUGAUUUCGCGAGUGUUAGCAUCAGCAGGCGGGAUUAUCGGACUAGGUACAAAUCUGCUUUGAGAACCAUCAACAUGCUCCGGUUUCUGGUCACUCUGGGAAUUGGAGUAUACGCCGGUAUAUACAUAGCCCAAAAUUAUGAGGUGCCACGAGUGGACGAACCGGCGAAGUUGUAUCAACGAGUAGUCGAUUUUCUAGAAGAGAACAAAAAGAAACCGUAGCAUCGUCGCGACUUGCGCAUCUCUUCUACAUCGCUUCCAGCGCUAGAAGAUGGAAAUGUACACACUGUAUUGCCGAAAUGCGUCGUAACAUUUAGCUGUAUAUUUCGAGGAAGCCGACGAUAUGCCUUUAUAUAUGUAUAUAUACCUGUAUUCGAUGCGAUGUACAAAGACAAGCCACACUUAUUUUUCCAUACUUUUAUUUUAAUAAUAAACAAUAUUUAAAUGCA